AUGAGAAGCUACAUAAAAGCAUGUGCUAAACUUAAAAAAUCAGCAAAGGAAACAUUCGAAGAGGUACACAAUAUUUAUGGAGACCAACAGCCAUCAUACAGAACCGUUUCCAGAAGGCUGAAAAAAUUCAAAGACGGGAGAGAAACUGUUAAAGAUGAUGUACGAUCCGGAAGACCAAAAACGGUUAGUAAUGCAAAGUACUUGCUGAAAAUCAAAGAUUUAGUGGAGAAAGAGGGAAGAUACACUGUUAAGGUCUUAGCUCGAAUAGUAGGGAUAUCAAUAGGAGCAGUUCAUGAAAUUCUUACAAUAGAUCUCGGUUACAGGAAGAUCUCUGCAAGGUGGAUACCACAUUUACUGAAUGAGGAACAGAAAGCUAGUCGCGUUGCAUGUGCGAAAAAAAUAAUCACACUAUUCAAAAAGAGGAAAAAUCGACUAUUUUCAGACAUACCGGUUGUAACAGGAGAUGAAACGUGGGUGCAUUAUUUUCAGCCGCAGAGAAAGUUUGAUAAUAAAAUAUGGAUGACAAAACAAGGAAAGCGUCCAGUUAUUGUCAAACGCUGUCAGAGCACAAAGAAGACUCUUCAAGCCAUUUUCUUUGAUAGGGAGGGUGUUGUGUUGCAAUUUCCAAUUUCCAAGAAGAGAAGUGUCACGGGAAAGAUUUACAAAUGUGAAAUUUUGCAUAAACUUAAACAGCAAUACAAAAACAGACGUCCAAAACUGGUAUUAAUGAUCUCUUCUUGUUGCACGAUAAUGAUCCAGCCCACAAGUCCAAAUUAG